CGGAUUUAGUCACAGCCUCAGCAGGUCUCUGAGUGUGUCAUUCGGUGCUUUGAUUCGUUCUAGCGGACUGUUUGUGAAGAAGAAGAUCACACUUUGCCGUGUUGUAGAAGGCAAUUAGUGGCAGGAGGUAGACUGUGAUUGGGUGAAUCAGUUUAUGCCAGUUAGCCGGAGACACACAACCAAACCACCAUGUCCUGGGUAUUUCACCUGCUCUGGAUGUUUCUAGUACUGAUGCUGUUCUUUAUUGUGCUGCGACGGAUAUACUAUUUUGGACUUCACGUAAACCGACCAAUAGCAACAAGCAGUCGCCAAACCCGCCAGCGAUUCACAGUAUUUACAAUCUAUCAAGGAGAACAACGUUCAAACGCACCACCAUCGGAGCAAAGUCAACCACCGGAAUACAUUGAACCUCAACCACCGCCAAAGUAUGAUGAUGUGAUAAAAUCACCAGAACAGUUCCAGAAACCUCCACCGUACGCUGCAACCGCUGUAGCCUGAGAUUUAUUUGCUA